AUGAAAAAAUUCGAAGAAUUAGAACGGAUCAGAGAAGAAAUGGGCAUUACAAAACAUGGAUCAAAUUCUGAAGUUGACUCUCCUGUUAAACAAUCUAAUUUACAAGAAACUGAAGACUUAACACAGGAGCAGCUUGAAGAGGUUUUUAGAAGAACAUCAAGUUUUACCGUCAAAUCUGCCACUUUCGCUCCAAAUCUUGACGAAGUAGAUGAUUUGGAUUUUUGGAGGAUUGAAAUGGAAGAUGGAAAUACUGCUGAAUAUGAAGAAGAAGAUGAAUAUAUGACUGUCGACAACGACUUCUGGGAUGAAGAAUUCGGCGAAAGAAAACGCAGAAAAAGUGAUAAAUCUGGCUCAAGUCGACGGUCGGGUUUAGACAGAGAAACUUUGUUACAACGCUAUAAAAUUAUGCAAGUUAGACUUCAAGAUAGAAAUGGUAAUUUUUUUACGGUCAAGAAGAAAGUAAGUAACAUCGAUCCAAGUCUUCCAACCUAUAUGAGGAUCCCCCCGUUACCAAUACCACGCUCUUGGGCCCUUACGAUAUCUCCUCCAUCAAUUGAGCUGGUCUCUCCUGUCCUUGGUUCAAGAUAUUUUGAAAAAGAUAUCUUAUCAAUGGACUUUACAAAACUCGGCUCUGAGUUUCAAGCAAUAUAUAUUGAUCCCCCACUCCUUCUGCCAGGUGAAGCACCAUCUCCAGGAAAGAUUUCUAUUCAGCAAUUUGGUAAUCUCAAUUUAACUGUACUCGUUCCAAAAGGUUUCUUAUUCAUCUGGGUUGAGAAAGAAUUUGUUCCAGAUAUUGUUCAAAUAGCUGAAAAAUGGCGUUUCCGUUAUGUGGAGAAUUUCUGUUGGAUAAAAAAGAAUAUCAACAAUCAAAUAUCGCGUAAUCCAUAUCGUUAUUUUAACAAAUCAAAAUUGUCCCUUUUAAUUUUCCGAAAGGAUGGUGAUAUUGAACUACGUCAUCAAAGGAAUCCUGAUUGUGUAUUCGAUUUCAUAAAACCUCGUACUCCAGAUAUGCUUACAGAAGCUAAACCACGAGUUAUGUAUGAAAUUAUAGAGACUUUACUGCCACAAGCUGUAUUUAGUGAACAAAAUAAUAAAGGUGAUAAACUAUUAGAGUUAUGGGCAAAACAGGGAGUCCGUCGUCAAGGUUGGACAACAGUCGUUCAACCAGUUUAG